GGAAGAAAGAAGCCUGCCAAUGAUGGUGGUUUUUAUAUAGUUUUCAGAAUCAUUUAGGUGCAUAUUGGAACAAUUCAUUCAUUCCAGGGUGUUACAGGGUCAGUGGAGUCGAGGAAUUUUGUGGUCAAGGUGGGUGGGCAGGUGAUAAGAGAGGAACUUUUCCCCAGGAUUCUUAGAACAUAGACGGUGACAGUGGGAAUCUUGGUUCUGUAAGAGGGCAGUAGACUAUUCUGCAGCACCCACACUGACUGGACCUCGGAAUCCCUGUUUGUCAGAUGUUCUGGGACUGGUGUUUCUUUGAAUUGCAUAGUGGGAGAGAACUCAGGCAACGGGCCUUCCCUGCAAUGUCCAGGCCCACCACUUCCUGUUCUCUGCUUUAACAAAUGUCACUUCCUCUGGCCUCUGUCCCCUUGUCUGUGGCAUAUAAAUAAUACACUUCAUUGCUGUAUGUAAUGUAUGCCAGCUAUCAUUACUGCUUAUCCAGUUCCCUUUAUUAAUAAUGUAGGCCCCUCCCACACACAUCUCCUGCAUACAUCCCUAAAGGCUUGGGUUGUUUUGAACUAGGAAAUGACUGAACCAGGAAAUGAUACAGAGAUCUUGACUUUGGGGGAAUGAUCAACAGUUUCCAGUUUAAAUUAUCUGUCUAGUCAGUGUGGCCGCAGAGUCAUUGCUAAAAUUGAAAUGUUGACUUUAACUAAAGGUGAAAAGAAGGAACAAUGGCAAGAAUGAUUCCGGUCUCCGUCUAGUUUGGACAGGUUGGUGUAGAAAAUGUCAGGCUAGGAGCACUAUGUAACAGUAGACAUCAAACACUGACAAUCCAGGUUUCCUAGGUGUAUGCUGUGGGCAGAAUGAAGACGGUAGAUACUGCCUGUCUAGGAAGAAAGGAGAAAGCCAUACAAGAAGUGAGAGUUCAGGCGAAGACGGCCAUGAUCCACUUAUUCAGAGCAGUGAAACAGAGCAUGCUUUGGGUGGAAUAGGUGCAUCUGCCUUCUGCAAGUUCACAGACAAACAAGGCUAGGAUGUAAACAGACUCAUAAAAAUCAGGGAGGCUGCGAAUGAAUGAGCCCCACCGUGGAGAAACGAGGUGCUUAGCUGCCUGCCCCUCCACAGACAGCCCUCAGUGAUCGCGGUGACUGCUGCAGAUCUCCUUUGCCAGUCGCCCUCCUCCACGGGCCGUCCCCUUUUCCACACCCCCUCAACGGUCGAGUGCUCGUGGUCUUAGUAACAGAGGACUUCUGACUGUAAUAAUAGCGCGUCACUUUGUUGAAGGCAAACACGUGGUUUGGGGAGCACUUAUAAAUCUCUGCUCAGGGCAGGAUCGUGAUGUUAUCUGCUGGCAGCAGAAGGUUUGCUGGGAGCGGAGCUGCCGAAGCUGCCGGCCUGAGAGCCAUAGCGAGAGAGUGAGAAAACAAGCAGAGAGCUCUGAGCCUUAGGGCAGGCGACAGGGAUGAGGAGCAGAAGCUUUAGUGUUUAAGGAAUCGCCAUUCUGGAGCAACCCGGCUGCAGAAAGGAGUAGGUAUCAGCAGAGGUCUAUUUUAGGGUCGCAAGUACCGUCUUACCCUAACCGAGAAAGUGCAAGCUUGCAGGAAGCCAGGAGAGGCUGGGGAAAGGGUGCGAGUCCCCGAGGCGCCCCGCAGCCAAGGCGCCCAGGAGGCGGUGUUGUUUCACAGUGGGUGAAGGAGGUGACCGAUCUCUGUCGCCCGGUGGCCGCCUGGAGCAAAAGGAGGAGGAUCUGCAGGACGGAGCUGGAGGCUAACCCCCUUUGCAGGCAUCAGCGGCGGCUGCAACGUGGAGCGACCCAGCCGGGUGUAGGCCACAGCGCGGCCGCAGGAGCAGGAUCGUCGCUGCCUGCUCCGGCCUCGGCGGAACUCCGGGACGGACAGUACCCCCACCGAGUCCCCGAGAGAGCCGCGCCGGGGCGCAUCUGCCUCCCCGCGGCUCGCCAGGCUCGCCCUCGGCGCGCGUACACGCACGCGCGCGCACAUCCUCACGCACACUCAUCCACACACGUGUGGAAGGCAGGGCCGAGCCGCUCCGUCUUUGAACAUCUCAGUUAGAGCCCGGAGCAGCCCGGCCGCCGCUCUGCGCUCCCCGCGGCCCUGCCUGCGCGCCUUCUGCCAGCCCCCGGACCUUCGUCUCUUCCCUUUUGGCUUAAGGAUCCGAGUUCAGAUCCGCCACUCCGCACCAGAGCCUGACACACUGAACUCCAUUUCUUCCUUUUAAGUUUAUUUCUACUUCAGAGCCACUCACCCCCUCCCUUCCAGGGGAAAAACCAAACCUUUCUUACUCCUUAAAGCCCCCCCCCCUUGAGCAUCGCAUAUUAAUAUCUCCACGUUGGGAACGCGCUGCAUUUUCUUUUUUAAAAGGAAUUCCAGCCAGAGACGUUUUUCUAUUGGGCAUUAACUUUCGAUUGCUUUGCAAAAGUUUCGCAUUAAAAAACAAAACAAAACAAAACACAAAACGUUACCUGAUCCGCUCUGAGAAUUAUUGGUUUCUUUUUAUAUUUUUUUCUUACUUUAAACAACAACAGCAACGUUUCCACCUUCUAAAAACAUGCACUACUGUGUGCUGAGAACCUUUUUGCUCCUGCAUCUGGUCCCGGUAGCGCUCAGCCUGUCUACCUGCAGCACCCUCGACAUGGACCAGUUUAUGCGCAAGAGGAUCGAGGCCAUCCGCGGGCAGAUUCUGAGCAAGCUGAAGCUCACCAGCCCCCCGGAAGACUAUCCUGAGCCGGACGAGGUCCCCCCGGAGGUGAUUUCCAUAUACAACAGUACCAGGGACUUACUGCAAGAAAAGGCAAGCCGGAGGGCAGCUGCCUGCGAGCGCGAGCGGAGCGACGAAGAGUACUACGCCAAGGAGGUUUAUAAAAUCGACAUGCCUCCCCACUUCCCCUCCGAAACUGUCUGCCCAGUUGUUACAACACCCUCUGGCUCAGUGGGCAGCUUUUGCUCCAGACAGUCCCAGGUGCUCUGUGGGUACCUUGAUGUCAUCCCGCCCACUUUCUACAAACCCUACUUCAGAAUUGUCCGCUUUGAUGUCUCGACAAUGGAGAAGAAUGCUUCUAAUCUGGUGAAGGCAGAAUUCAGGGUCUUUCGUUUGCAGAACCCCAAGGCCAGAGUGGCUGAGCAGCGGAUCGAACUGUAUCAGAUCCUCAAAUCCAAAGACUUAACGUCUCCAACCCAGCGCUACAUUGACAGCAAGGUUGUGAAAACGAGAGCCGAGGGCGAGUGGCUCUCCUUCGACGUGACCGACGCCGUGCACGAGUGGCUUCACCACAAAGACAGGAACCUGGGAUUUAAGAUCAGUUUACACUGCCCCUGCUGUACCUUUGUACCAUCUAAUAAUUACAUUAUCCCGAAUAAAAGUGAAGAGCUCGAAGCGAGAUUUGAAGGUAUUGAUGGCACCUCCAUAUAUACCAGUGGUGAUCAGAAAACUAUAAAGUCCACUAGGAAAAAAAACAGUGGGAAGACCCCACAUCUCCUGCUAAUGUUGUUGCCCUCCUACAGACUGGAGUCACAACAGUCCAACCGGCGGAAGAAGCGUGCUCUGGAUGCCGCCUAUUGCUUUAGAAAUGUGCAGGAUAAUUGCUGCCUUCGCCCUCUUUACAUUGAUUUCAAGCGGGAUCUUGGGUGGAAAUGGAUCCAUGAGCCCAAAGGGUACAAUGCCAACUUCUGUGCCGGGGCAUGCCCAUAUCUAUGGAGUUCAGACACUCAGCAUACCAAGGUCCUCAGUUUGUACAAUACCAUAAAUCCCGAAGCUUCUGCUUCCCCUUGCUGUGUGUCCCAAGAUCUGGAGCCACUGACCAUCCUCUACUAUAUUGGCAACACACCCAAGAUCGAACAACUUUCCAACAUGAUCGUCAAGUCUUGUAAGUGCAGCUAAGAUCCUCAGAAAAGCCACGACACGAAAAUCACGGUGACAAUGACACAUAACAACCACAAUGACGAUGAUGAUGUCUGUGACGCAAGGGAGUUUGGAUUCAUCAGUGUUUUUUUUUAAAAAAAAAAGUUGGAGAAAAAGUGGUACUCAUUCAAACAUUUUGCAAGCUUGUGUUCUGUUUGUUAAAACUGGCAUCUGAGAUUACAGCAACAACAAAAAACCAUGGAAGGCUUUAGUCUGCGUUUCACCUACUUCGUGAGAGACACAAAAAGAAAACAUCUUUUUUUAAAAGGAAAAAAUAAACACUGGAAGAAUUUGUUAGUAUUAAUUAUGUGAAAGAAAAACAAAACAAAACAGGAAAAUCCGUUUAGUGGAGUUGUACGUAUUGUUUCCACCCCACACUUCACCCCAAGCUUCUCCUGGUUCCUCUGUAUUGCUCUGCAUUGGGCACUUCCUUGUCCCUUCCUCUGAGCUAACAGUGGGUUAUUUAUUGUGUUACUAUAUAAUGAACUUUUCAUUACCCUUGGAAAACAAACAGGUGUAUAAAGUGGAGACCAAAUGCUUUGCCACAAACUCAUGGACGGCUUAAAGAAUUUGAACUCAAACCAGCUGGAAACACAGGAGGUCACGCCGGGAUGGGACCCCGUGAGUCCUUCUAUGACCGGGCAAGUCUGCAAAUGUAUAGACGCCCCCAGAACACGUGCUGUGUGCCAACUGCUAUGGAAGCUUCACGGGUGGCCAUACACUGAGAAGGCCUGUUAACAAAAAGACUUGAAGUCAGUGGGAAUCUGGAAGAUUUUUUUUUCCCUUUUCAUUGUAAAUGGUUCUUUGCCAGUUUAAGCAAGCCAGUGAAAUGUUGACCCGUUUUGACGUGUAUUGUCAGACUUUGGACCGUGAAGUGGCUGUUGAGCUCCGAUACAGGUUUUUUCCUUUGUCUUGGUAUAUGUAAUCACACUGAUACUAUUAAAAUAGAUGGGUCUAGAAGCCAGCAUAAUUGAAAACACAUCUGCAGAUCUGUUUUACAAACUAUUAAAUCAAAACAUUAACUACUUUAUAUGUAAUAUGUAGAUCCUUACCAUAUUUUUGAUAUUCUGUAAUAAUGAUUGUGAUUUAGAUUGAACUUAAAUUUGAGCUUUUUUUUUAAAUGAUCAUUCAGAUUGUAUGUUUGUUUCCUUUAGCUGGCCAGUACUUUCGAAUAAAACCCCUAGAUUUUGGCUCGCAGUACAAAUUCAUUGUUUUAAAUAUUAUCUUCUCUGCUUGGCUUUUAUGUAUUGUCCAUUUAAUGGUAUAAGAUACCUGGGUCCAUUUUUUCCCUUUUCUUCUCUUUCCCAAAAGACAUAAAACAAAAACAAACAAAGAGAACUAAAAAGAUAUGUUUAAGUUCUAUAUUUCCCCUCCAUCUUUUCUGGGUCAUGACUAACUAGGUAGACUGGAGGAUGAAGUUCCUCCUGGGAAGACAAGGUGUGUGAGCACAGAUGUCGUUUUAGAGAGGGUUUAAGAAUCUGAACUCAGAAUCUCGGUGACUGGGCUAGGAAAAAAAUUCUGUAGCUUCCUUUAAUUCAUAUGUUUGUGGAAUCUUAUUACGGUUAAAAAGCAGACAGCUGAAAAGCAAAGACACCCCUUUCUUUAAUCAGCCUUUGGUUUCAGGGGAAAAAUUGAAAGAUGCCCAUUUUGAGUUUUCCAAAGGGGGAAAUGUCCAGAUCACAUUCAUCAUUUCAUUAACUUCCCUGAAGUUCAGGUUUGGAAAGAAAUUAGUUGAAGGCUGAAAAAGCACAAACGAAUUUCUUCCUUUUACCUGAGUGAGAAUGGUCUACAGCUGCGGUGGGCUGUGGUGUGAGGAGCCAGGUUGUCCUCUCUUUCAGAGCCAGGACCUGACACUGGGCUUUGCAGGGCAUCCUCUUUACGUAUUUAGCUUCAAAAUACAAAUUAGUUCACAAAACAAUGGGUUAUUUAUGGUCUUACCCAAAGGGCAACUCAGUGAGGUGUGAAUACAAAGAGAAGUUCUUUGAUAUGACAUACUUUGGGGAGGAGCUUUCCUCCAUAUUCAUUAAGAUGAAGAACGGGAUUCGCAAGCCGGAAGACAGACAAGAGCAAGCGCUGGUGAACGACCGGUGUGUCGGGUGUAGCGCAAGCCCAGCUUUGUCUGUGUGCGCUCAUUUUCCUUCCCCCUCCACUUUUCUGUUAUUUCUAUGUAAAUCCCUCUUAGUUCUGAAGAUAUCUUCCCCUCAGAUAAAAUGAUGUUUUAUUCUGUAUGGGUUUGUCUCUCCUUCUUGAAUGCACUGACUGCUUUUUUUUUUUUUUUUAAGAUUUCUUGAAUCUUACUUUCAUUUUUUUUUUUAAAAGUCUGUGGGGUCUACAGGUCUUUAUUUCCCAUUAGUGAAUAUUGCCAUGGGAAGGGUGGUAGGAGGGGGAGGGGUGUGUUAGCAUAUGGGAGGGGCAGCAGGUUGUAAGUGUUAAGCAACAGUACAAUUUUACGGCUGGCGUGGUUUUUAAAGAAUGGACUUUAAGAAUAGCUGUUCUGUGUUUUGAUGACCAACUAUGCUGUAUUUUAACACAAUGUAUGUCUGGUUUUUGUGGUGCUCCUAGUGGUAAAUAAAUUAUUUCAGUUGUA